AUGACUGACAGGAUAUUGUAUCGAAAGAUCAAAUCAGUCAAAGCAGGUCAAAUUGAGAGAUUUGAACUUGAUUAUCAUCCUGAUAGGGUGAAGGAACCCAUCACCAAAAAUAUUUGGGUCAAAGUCAAAAAUAUAGAGCCAAUUGCUAUGCGAGCAGCUUUUAUCACUGGACCUUACUUAUUAUACGUUGAUUGUAGAUCAGAAGAAUACAAACAAGACGAGAAAUGUUUCAUUACUGCCAACCAACCAAGUUUCGAGCCCCAACUUCAACCAGGGAAAUCGUUCAUCGUAGAAUUAAGUUGUAACACCAUCAAAGAUCAUUAUAAGUGGACUAUAGAUGUCAUAUCGCAAAUGAUAUUUAGUAGUGCUUUGGUGAUUAACUUUGAAAUUGUAGUGGGGACUUCUAAGGACAUAAUAAAUGAAGAAAUAGAUGUUCAGGCUGGUGACUUAACUGUUAAUAACCUUGAUACCUUUGAUAUUUGGAACUUACCUGUUCCCCAAGAAAAACCUAUACAUUUAGUAAUCUUAACCCAUGGAUUACAUUCCAAUGUAAGUGCUGACAUGUUAUACCUCAAAGAGGCUAUAGAUUCAUUCCAAAAUAAUGAUAAUGUGGUGGUGAAGGGAUUUUUUGGGAAUAUUUGUAAGACCGAAAGAGGAAUCAAGUAUCUUGGAUCUAGAGUGGCAGAAUUCAUAAUCGAUUUGGUGGUCAAUGAUAGUCAUUUCAAUGAAGGCAAAGUUUCCAAAAUAUCUUUCAUUGGUCAUUCUCUUGGUGGGUUAGUUCAAACAUUUACAAUUGCUUACUUACAGAAUAAUUUCGCUUGGUUUUUCAAAACUAUAACACCAGUGAAUUUUAUAACUAUUGCAUCUCCAUUGUUAGGAGCUUCCAAUGAAAACCCUAUUUAUAUUAAUUUAGCAUUACUGGCAGGAAUUGUUGGUAUAACUGGACAAGAUUUGAGUUUAAGAUUCCAACAACAUGAUAGUAAACCAUUAUUAUUAUUAUUACCUUCGGGCCCCACUCAUAAAGUUCUUAAACAAUUUCAAAGAAGGACUGUUUACGCUAAUGUAGCUAAUGAUGGAGUUGUACCAUUAAGAACUUCAGCCUUAUUAUUCCUCGAUCAUAAAGGAUUAUCUUCAAUCAUGAGCAGAGAAGAUAUGGAUUGUCAUCAUUUGGAUAAUUCAACUGUAGAUAAAAUUCCCGAAGAGAAAAACAAUGGAUAUCAAUCAAUGUUACCUCAACCAGUACAAAUGAUACUAGCCAAAUUAAUGCCACAAAAACAAGUUAAAGAACCUGAAGGUGAAAUAGAUGAAUCUAGGUUCCUUAAACAAAUUAAAGGCUUACAUAAAUCCAAUGUCAUUGAAACUGUUCAAUCUUUGAUAUUACCUCCUUUACCACCUAUGAAAUAUAUUGUCAAUCCUGAAGAAAGAGACAAUGUUAUAGUUUAUGAAAAGAUUUAUAGCGAAGCCGAUUUACCAGCAUUCGAACCCGAUGAUAAAACUGAAGGAGAUUCCUUAAGUAAGAGAAUUCUCAGUAGUAUAGAUUUACAAGAAUUCGAAAACAUCGAAGAACAAAUUGCUAGAGAAUACCAUAAAGGUAUGGAAUGGAAGAAAGUGCUUGUAAGAUUGAAACCCGAUGCCCAUAAUAACAUCAUUGUUCGUAGAAGAUUUUCCAAUGCAUAUGGAUGGCCAGUGAUCAAGCAUCUUGUUGAAAGCCAUUUUAGUGAUGAAGAAAUCAAAUCAGGAUUCUAUAAAUUCGGGGUUGGUAUUGAUCAAACAGACUCUUUGGAGGAAAUAGGUUUAAGUGGCAUCUUAUCAAGAGAAUUGAUCAGGAGAGAGAACCAAAACAUCGACAAGAAAGAAGAUGAUCAUCAAUGGAUAAACACUAAAGAUGAAUCAUUUUUCCCUGUUGGACCUGCUGGAUUAUUAGCGGAUGUAGGAGAAAUGGUUGUUAACUUAAGAAAUCAAUGGUGGAGUGAAAAUGUGGUUAUAGAAAAAGAGAUCUCUGAUAAAGAUCUCAUCAAUGAGUACGAAAUGAAACAGGACUUUAUUUAA